UCUCAAAGGGGCGGGGUCUUGGGGUCCUUGAAAGGCGCGCACCCGGCCGGACCCACCCAGUCCAGCUCUCCUGUCUGCUCCUGCCCAGACGUCCGCGCGGGACCCCCAGCCGCCAUGCCUAAGUGCCCCAAGUGCGACAAGGAGGUGUACUUUGCUGAGCGGGUGACCUCUCUGGGGAAGGACUGGCAUCGGCCUUGCCUUAAGUGUGAGAAAUGUGGAAAGACGCUGACAUCAGGGGGCCACGCUGAGCAUGAAGGCAAGCCUUACUGCAACCACCCCUGCUAUGCCUCCAUGUUCGGGCCUAAAGGCUUUGGGCGGGGUGGAGCUGAGAGUCACACUUUCAAGUAAACCCAGGUCAUGGAAACGCUAUCCCUGGCUGCCCACCCGGCCACUGCCCUUCCAGGCUGAUUGCAGGCCUUAUCCCCAGGCACCCGGGGCCCCCUGUCGGCUCCCAUGCCCUCAAUAAAGCUGAACACUCAGAA